AUGUUUGUCAUUGUAAUUCUCUUCUCUGUAUUGUUUUGCCAUGAUAUCUCAGUUCAUACGGCUUUGAUCAAUUACGAUUUAAUUGUUCGGUCGAUUCCAUCGAAUCCUGAUGGAUAUCCACGAUCAGUGAUCAUUAUUCAUCAUGCCAAUUCUUCAUGGAAUAUCGAUCGACCAUUUCCUGGUCCGCUGAUUCGAGCUCGUCUAGGUGAUCAACUACGCAUUCGAGUUCAAAAUAAGUUACGUGACCAAGCUACUGCUAUACAUUUUCAUGGUCUCCAUAUGUUGGCUAAUCCAUGGGCUGAUGGAACCGAAUAUAUCACUCAAUGUCCAAUUCUUCCACAUAGCUCGUUCAUUCACGAGUUCAAUGUAACACAAACAGGAACAUUCUGGUAUCAUUCGCAUAAUGCUCAACAAUAUGCAGAUGGACUGUACGGUCCGAUUAUCAUCGACGGUGAUCCCAUUUCACAACAUUAUGAAUACGGAUCGAAUGAUCAAACUAUUAUGCUUCAAGAAUGGUACCACGAGACAUGGCCAGAUAUCAUGACUGCAUAUCAAGGUCCUCACGGUGCCUAUCCUGGUAGCGUAGCAAUAUAUCCAUGGCCACCGACUACGUUUCUUAUCAAUGGUCAUGGUCGAUUUGAUUGUCGCACCAAUGAUUGCUCGAGGAAUGACACUUGGAAAGAUAGAUGUGGUAAUGUUUUUCCAGCUCAAUGCAUUCCUCUUCGUGAUCCUUUUUUCGGUCCUUGCAUUCCAGAUGCACAUCCGAUCGAUGAAUUCCAAUGUUUGCCUGGAAAACAAAUGCGCUUACGAUUAAUUAACGCUGCUAGUGGUAUUCCAUUUCGAUUUUGGAUCGAUCAACAUAAUCUUACCAUUGUCGCUCGAGAUGGAAGCGAAAUCGAACCUAUUACUGUUUCUUAUUUACAUAUUCCCAUUGGACAACGAUUAGAUUUGAUCAUUAACUGUAAUCAAGAUCCAACGUCUGCUUAUGAAAUUAUUGUAGCCAGUCGAAAUAGUUUUCAACCACCAGAAAUAAUUAUUGGACAAAUGCCUACUAUGUGGACAACCGCACGACUCGUUUAUCCUCAAUCGAAAGCCAAUAUGCGCACGACAAACGUCAAUGAAGAGAUGAAAAUCAAUGCUGAAGACCCGUUUUUUGAAUACAAAUAUCUGAAACCAUUGCUGCCACGUCGGGCCAAAGCUGCCAUUCGACGAGUAACUCUCACUUUUGUUGUUCAUUGGAAUAAUCGAACCGGUAUCGACGCUCUAGAAGAGUGGGCUGUCAAUAAUAUUACAUUUGAACCACCGAAAGAACCACUUCUUCAAGGUAUUUUCCUUGAUGGAACCGAUAAACACAUUUUAGCCACUGAAUAUCCGGGUCGUGUUAAUAAUACUCAUGCCACUUACAUUGAACAUUUCGAGUACGGUCAAACUUACGAAGUAGUAAUGAUCAACAAUGAUCCACAAGAACAUCCAUGGCAUCUGCACGGUUAUACGAUGGAUUUUAUUGCUGCCGGACGACUUCCUAACAGAGAACUUCCUCCCUGUAAUCAACCUAUACCUAGAUCAAUGGAUAUCAAUCUCGAUUCGCUAUUGCCACCACUGAACUCGACGCCACCCGUUUUAGCUGUGGGCGAUUCUUUCAACGCACCUCGAGAUAGUUAUGUCGUCUUUCGUUUUAAGGCCGACAACGCCGGUCCUUGGUAUCUUCAUUGCCAUAUGGAUUGGCACAUUUCGCCUGGUAUGGCACUUGCUUUCUCGGUUGGCCACAAGGGUUCUUAUCGAGAUUUAAUUCAACCUCCACCUAAAGACUUUCCAACUUGUGGCCCAAGGCAAAUACUUGUUUACAAAUCAACAUCGUCUCAUAUCGCACCUUGCACUUUAUUUAACAGUUCAAUGAUCUUAAUUCUAAUGGUUUUUGUUCAUUUUAUCACUUUGUAUGUUUGA